UCCUCAUCCCUGUAUCAUUUCACUGGAUUGUUUUUAUUAUUGCCAAUCUGCAUGUGAAAGUUGUUCAAAUAGGUUCAAAUAUGUUUCUUGUUUACGGUUUUAUUGCGGAAUAGUUGAAUAUGAAUCUCUCCGAGUGUAUAGUCACAAUAACUGGUCCUUAUUUAAUUCCCUUUGGACGGAAGACAAAAAACACAAAACAUUGGAAAAGAUCGAAAUGUAAUCUACUCGCAGAGUCCGUCUAAUCAUCAAGUAAAUCAAACGGAUAGAAAAGGUGUUAGUAUCGAUAUCGUGUGAUAGAAAAUUGUAAAAACAUCCAAACAGAUGUAUCGUAGGAGCGUAGUAGGUUCUCAACUUAAACAUCAAUUUUUCGUUAGAAAAAGUUUGAUUUGUGUAUGAGAUUUUCAAAAAAGAUGUCUAGCGGUCUUGUGAUGCCGGGUUGCUGCCGGUGCUGCUUGGAAGAAGAGAAUGACAUGGUGUAUGUGUUCGAUAUACUUGAUGAAUUCGACAGUAAGAUUUGUAAUUUGAUAGCGGAUUGUGGCGGAAUUUUGAUUACAGAGAACGAUUCAUAUUCGAAGAACAUUUGUGGUAACUGCCUGAAUGAUCUGGCCAACGCAGCCCGUUUCCGGGAACGAUGUCUGAAAACAGAGAGUGUUUUGCAAAACACGAUCGACAGCAAGGAGGCUGCAGUUAUUUGCGUUGCACUGAAUUCUCAAUCGUCAGACACUAUCUAUGAAGAGAUAGAGACAAUCGAUGAUGGUGAACAACUCGAUUUAGGUGUUGAUCAGAUUAUCCAGUUUUCAGACAGGGAAAGUGCACACAGCGAGAGUGAUGCAAGAGUCAAGUAUAUCAUAGAGGAAGAUCCCGUUGAGCUAGAAUUACAAGAUUUCGAUUAUACUAGUUCAGUAAAAACCAACGAUAUCGAUGCCGAGACUGAUUCAAUUCAUCAAGAAUAUAUUGAUGAUAAAUAUAUGUCUGAUGAUAAUGAACUAACGGAGAAAGAAACAAAAUGGAUAAUGCAAUCGAAAACCGUGCAAUUUAGUUUCAUCUGUCAACAAUGUGGAGCCGGAUUCGCGCUACAGAAAAACCUUGCGAAACAUCUUGCAACACACCAAAACUUUGUCUGUGAUAUAUGCUUAACGGUGUUUGACAGUGACGAGAAUCUGCAAUCACAUAAAUCAACACACGAGAAGUCUGCCAAUUCAACGGAUUGGCGGGCAGAACACGUUGCGGAUGAACCUGUUAUCUUCAAAGGAUCUUCAGUUGGCAAACUGACGAAGAACCAUCACUGUUCGUAUUGCGAUAAAUCAUUUGUAUCAAAUUCUGCGCUGACGUCGCACAUUCGAGUCCACACACAGGAGCGCCCAUUUCCAUGUAGUUUCUGUACGAAGCGCUUCCGUACUGUUGGAGGAAAGGAACUUCACGAGCGUCGCCACAAUGGACUGAAGCCCUACAAAUGUGACUUUUGUGGAAGGGGUUUUGCAGAGAGUAGCAAUCUCAAGGUACAUCGGCGAACCCACACCAACGAAAAACCGCACGUUUGCACAAUUUGCAAUCGUGCCUUCUCCAGAGUUUUUCUGUUGAAAAUUCAUCAACGAACUCACACUGGAGAGCGUCCGUUUCCAUGCUCCGAUUGUGGCAAGCAGUUUUCUCAGCAGGGCGACUUGGCCGCCCACAGGCGCAUUCAUACAGGAGAACGACCACAUAGAUGUGACAUUUGCGGCAAAGGAUUUAUCAAGAGUAGCGGUCUAACACAGCACCGUAGGAAACACGGGGGGCAAACAAAGAUUGUCCGCGCGGUUAAGAACAUUGAUAACGCUGGCGGAUUGAUUCAGGAGUUAAAGGACUACGACUUUGACAUAAUACACGAAGGAGAUAGCACGCAAGAAAAUGAUAAAGAUUUGAUUGAAACCAUUGUUGUCAGAAGAAAAACGAUGCUCGAAUAAACCAUCAUUUCGGAAA